AUGACUUACAAUGUAAUGCGUGGUCGUUAUAAUUGUUAUGAAGAAAAUUUAAAAGCAAAUGAAGAUUUUCGUCGCUCAACCAAUAUAAAUUAUUUUUAUAAUCGAGCUGAUUUUGUUCGAACGAAUUUAGCCACAAUAGCUAAUCAUAUUCGUCAAUACGAUCCUGAUAUUAUUGCUUUACAAGAAGUACAAGAAUCUCCAUCGUCAAUGUCAAUUCAUAAUGAAAUAUCAACAGCAACUUAUCUAGCACAACAACUUGAUAUGACAUUCACAUUCAGUCCGACUUUAUUUGACAAUGAAGUACAAAUGCAAUAUGGUACAGCCAUACUUGUAAACCAUCAUAAAUUUCGUAUAAUAUCAGUGGAAAUUCUUUAUUUACCGCUUGGCCUUGAACCACGGAACUCACCAUGCUUAACAAUUCAAUCUCGACAUGCAAAUAUUACAUUUCGAGCAUGUUCUAUUCAUUUUGAUCAUCAUGCAACUGAUAAUAGAAUACGUCUACAACAGGCAAUUAAAGUUAUCAAUUGGUUAAAUAAAGGGCAAUAUUAUCCGACAACAUUACUAGGUGAUUUUAAUGCUAAUAAGACUUCGACAACAUUAACAAAUUUAUAUGAAUUUUUUCUUGAUGAUUAUUCACAAGACAAUUCACUUCCAACAUGGUCUGAAUGUGGUGAAAAGCUACAAGAUAAGCUCGAUUAUAUCUUAUUAGAUAGAAAAUCUCAUUGGACAAUAAAAAAUGUUAUACAUGGAUUAAAUAUGAAAAAAUUAUAUCCAUCCAUCGACAUAGCAAUGCUCUCUGAUCAUGUACCACUUUUUGUUGAAACUAGUUUAAGCAUUUCAGUAAAAUAG